UGCAGGAAAAGAUAGCCACACACUCAGAGUGGGUGAGAAAGAGAGAGAGAAAGAAAAAGGAGUUGUAAAGCUGUUUUGUGCUCCGAGUUGGGAAGGGAGAGGCCUCAGCUCUGCCUGAGUUUCCCCCUUUUCCCCCCCCCCGGCUUAGUCUGCGGAAAGUGCCGGAACUUCUCGGGCGGUGCGGGAGAUAGGCUGCAAGAGUGCAGAGGAGGAGAAGGGCUCGGAGAAGAGAGCGUGAAGGAGAAGAAAAGGCAAAGUGGCUCCAGAGGAAAUCAUGAGAGUGGAUGCUGCUGAGCCCAGUGUCAGGUUUCAGAAAAUGAGAGUCCAGCGCAAGAGUGCUUCAGCAGGGUCCGUGCAGCUGAGAAAGGCGAGUCCUGAGGAUGCCAGCUGUUAACACCAUGACCGGUGGAAGGGCACCGCUGCUCUGUACAAACGCUGAGAACUGCAUCUACCAAUCUGCCAACAGGCUUCAGUGCUGUGGGCUGCAGGUCGGGGAGCCCCCUGCUGUGGGUGCCCAGUGGCCAGGCAGGCUGAAGGACGCUGAGGCCAAGCCCCCCCUCACGCCCCUGGAGAACCUGAGCGACAGCACCGGGUGCGCCGCCAUGCUCGGCCACAAGAGGGCGCCGGGCGCCGACCCCCGGCACGGCGAGAAUGGGCUGGCGGGGGCCCGAGGGCCCGGCCGCGCGACGGCGGCCCUGAAGAGCAGCGCCAGCAUCCGCGACAAGAUCUCCCAGUGGGAGGGCAAGAAGGAGGCCGCCCCGCCCGCCACUCCGCCCCCCUGCCCGCCGGCCGCCGCCAAGGAGCCCGAGCCCGCCAGGAAGAGGGAGCCCAGAGCCACGGAGGGCCUGCAGCGGGAGGAGAGCAAGCGCUCGGUGAGCUGGGAGAGGCAGGACUCCGGGAAGGAGAAUUCGGGGAAGCUGGGCGACUCCAGGCCCGGGUCGCCCGCGGGACCGGGGAGGGACAGGGACAGGGACAGGGAGGGGGCGCGCGGGAAGCCCGCCGAAAACCCCCUGGACAAGAGCUCGGUCCUGACCCACAUCAAGAAGCUGGAGCAGGCCAUGAUGGAGAGCCCCAGCAGGCCCUCCAUCGCCCUGCCGGGGAACUACUUCUGCCCCCCGUCGCGGGAGGAGGAGGAGGCGGCGGAGGCCAAGGGCUCGGAGCCCAUUUUCGGGACUCUGGAGGUGGGGCGGCCCGGCGGGGAGAGGCGGAGGCGGGACGCGGAGAACGUGUACACCGAGCCGGGGGCGCCCUCCAUCAACCCCCUCCCCAAACCCCAGCGCACCUUCCAGCACCACACGCCCCCCGGCAAGGCCUCCAACUCCGCCCCGGGGCUGGGGAGGGCCAGGAGGAACCUCCCCCCGCUGCCCUCCAUCCCGCCCCCCCCGCUCCCCACCUGCCCCCCGCCCGGGGUCAACCGGAGGCCGUGGAGCGACAGGGCCAGAGACAACAGCAACAGGAAAUCUUAUGAGUUUGAGGAUGUCCUUCAGCUGUCUUCAGAAGGCUGCAGGGUGGAUUGGUACGCCCAGUCCAAGCUGUCCCUCACCCGAACUCUGUCAGAGGAGAACGUCUAUGAGGAUAUCCUCGAUCCCCCGUCGAAGGACAACCCGUACGAGGACAUCGAGCUGGAGAGCCGCUGCCUGGGGAACAAGUGCCCCCUGCCCCAGAGUCCGUCCUCCCCCACGCCUGAUACCCCAAGCAAGCUCUCCUCCAAGCCCGGAUUCUUCCGGCAGAACUCAGAGCGCCGCAGCUUCAAGCUGCUGGACCUGCGCAAGCCGGCCCGCGAGGGAGGGGUGGCGUCCCCCUCCCGAAUCAGCCCCCCCUCCACCCCCAGCAGCCCCGACGACACGCCCUGCCUGUCCGGGGACCCCUACAACCGCAGGCGCAGGAAGAUCCCCAAGCUGGUCCUGAAGAUCAACGGGAUCUUCGAGGCGCGGAGGGGGAAGAAGCGCAUGAAGAGGGUCUCCCAGUCGGCCGAGGCCAGCUCCGGCAGGGUGACGGAUGAGAACAGCGAGUCGGACAGCGACACCGAGGAGAAGCUGAAAGCGCACAGUCAGAGGCUGGUGUCGGUGCAGUCCAUGCUGAGGCAGACGGGACGCUAUCGCACCCUGGAGCGGGACCUGCUGGAGCUGCAGGAGCGCCGGCUCUUUGAGUACUUCCUGGUGGUGGCGCUGCACAAGGCCAAGGCCGGCGCCCCCUACCUGCCGGAGGUCACCCAGCAGUUCCCCCUCAAGUUGGAGCGGAGCUUUAAGUUCACGGAGACGGAGGACCAGCUGAAGGUCAUUCCCCAGUUCUGCUUCCCCGACGCCAAAGACUGGGCUCCUGUGGACAGCUUCGCCAGUGAAACCUUCUCCUUCGUGCUGACUGGCGAAGACGGUAGCAGGCGGUUUGGAUACUGUCGGCGUUUGCUGCCGAGCGGUAAGGCACGCCGCCUUCCGGAGGUGUACUGCAUCGUGAGCCGGCUGGGCUGCUUCGACCUCUUCUCAAAGAUCCUGGAUGAGGUGGAGAAGCGGAGGGCCAUCUCCCCUGCCCUGGUGCAGCCCUUCAUGAGGGCCGUCAUGGAGGCACCCUUCCCCGCCCCGGGCAGGAUCAUCACCGUCAAGAACUUCCUGCCCGGCUCCGGGACUGAGGUGAUUGAGCUGUGCCGGCCCUCAGACUCGCGGCUGGAGCACGUGGAUUUCGAGUGCCUGUUCUCCUCCCUCAGCCUGCGCCUCCUGCUGCGGGUGUUCGCCUCCCUGCUGCUGGAGCGCCGCGUCAUCUUCACCGCCGACAAGCUCAGCACCCUGUCUCAGUGCUGUCACGCGGUGGUGGCCCUGCUGUACCCCUUCGUGUGGCAGCACACCUACAUCCCGGUGCUGCCCCCCUCCAUGAUCGACAUCGUGUGCACGCCCACGCCCUUCAUCGUGGGGCUGCUGUCCAGCUCCCUGCCCCGCCUCAAAGAGCUCCCCAUCGAGGAGGUGCUGGUGGUGGACCUGGGCACCAGCCGCUUCCUCAGACAGAUGGACGAUGAGGACUCCAUCCUGCCCCACAAACUGCAGGCGGCGCUGGAGCACGUGCUGGAGAGGAGGAGGGAGUUGGCCAGCGAGAGGGGAGAGCUCUCCAGCGACUCGGGCCCCCUCAGCGCCGUGGUGUCCGAGGCCUUCGUGCGCUUCUUCGUGGAGAUGGUGGGCCACUACCCGCUCUUCCUGGGGGCCGGCGAGCGCGAGGACGACUCGCCCUCCUCGCCGUCGCCCUCGCCCACGCCCUCCUGCUUCCAGCGCGAGGCCUUCCGCAAGGCCGUCACCUCCAAGAGCCUGCGCCGCUUCCUGGAGGUCUUCAUGGAGACCCAGAUGUUCACCGGCUUCAUCCAGGAGCGGGAGCUGCGGCGGCAGGCUGUGAGAGGGCUGUUCGAGGUGAGGGCCCAAGACUACCUGGACUCCCUCCCUGGGAGUGAGCAUCGCGGAGUGAACAAGUUCCUGAAGGGCCUUGGUAAUAAAAUGAAAUUCCUGUCCAAAAAAUGAGGAGGAAUAAUGGACCCUGCUGAUCAGCGGCAUAAAGUGUGUGUGCGUGUGUGCGAGUGUGUGUGUGUGUGUCUGUGUGCGUGCGUGCGUGCGUGUGUGUGUGUGUGCGUGACACCAACGGGACCCGUGUCGCAGCCCGAUUGUUAAAGCUGCGUGAACCUGCCCAUUUCAACCCCGAGGAGAGGGCGGCCAUUUUAGGCUAAUUGAGGUCUGGGCUGAAAACUCUCAAUGCCUUCUAUUUUAUCGCUGCCUGCACGGAAAUACUGAUUCACAUAAUGGCCGCCACUUCACACGACCCACGCCAGGGCUAAUUGACGGUUACAGCGGGCUAUUAUCUUGUCCGUGUCUCUUCACUUCGUUGGCCGUCUAUCUUCCGAAACGGACAGGAAAUUCUCGCAGCUGGAGUGGACCAAACGAGUGGUGGGCCAUGAGAUGUGGAGAUGUGGGCAGCCAAAGGAGAAUUUUUGUAGUUUUUUUUAUUAUAAUUUUCCAUUUUUGUAGUCUUUUUUUUAUUAAAUGUGGAUUUUUUUUUUUUUUUUUUUUUUUUUUUACAUUUGAACACAGUACAACUUCUUUUAAAACAGGAGGCUAUAAUUUAAUUUAUAUUCUUUUUCAGACAAACUUUAUAUCUUUUUCUUUCCCUUUCAAAAGCAAAAAAAAACUAUUGUAGUUGUUGUUUCUUUUUUUAAAUAAUCAGGGUGUUUAGCACAUUCGGGAUGUGAGACCACUUUGCGUUACCACUGUGGGGGAACUCACCGUGGAACUGACUUUUGAAGGAUUGAGCUGUAGGAAUGGAUGAUGUACAGUAAGAGGACUACAAAUAAGAGGAUUCUGGGAUAUGUGAACUGGGUGAGAAGCUUCUCUGAGGAGCACGUUCUGGCAAUAUUGGAUCUGAAGCACUCGGGACAAGACUGAAAUAAGGAAGUAGAAUGAAUGGUAGUGUUGUACAGAAAAGGAAAUAAAACUAUCGUUUGUUGUGCUUGUGAUUUUCUUCUGAAAGACCACUCGAUUUGUCGUAAACUUGAUCUAGGAAGCAAUGAAACUGUGUCAAAUAUUAAUAAAAAAAAAUGAAAAGAUGUUUUAAUCAAGAAAACCGGGCCGUUUUUAAAUGAUACUGUUUUGUGAUUUUACCACCAGCCAAACUACUCACCAUUCGAUGUUGGGGUAGAUCUGAGAUUUAUAUAGCUUUUCUAUUCUCUCACACACUGACUGAAAUAAAUUAAUGACCAGUAUUCCUGAAUAGCUCAAUUGAACUUAAUCACACAGUUUAAAAAAGAUCAGACAUGCUGUUCCACUGAAGCAAGGUAAAAGCUUAUCCACUA